AUAACUCUAGCAUCAAGCGAUUUUGAAAAUGACUGGAGAAGAAACAAUCAACACGGUUGAGGUAGCCAAGACUCAAUUUGACGAGGGCAGAUAUUCAGGUUGCUUAACGACCCUUACCACCAUGAACUCUACCUCAGCUCUUAACAUCAAGAUCCAGCUGAACAUGAUUCUGUGCAGCUAUCUUAAGAAAGGUUCCGAACAUGAUCUGGAGUGGCUUCUGGAUAAUCUCUACACCAUUGAGGGCAAGAUGAACAAGGAGUCUGAGGAGGAGGAAAUAGACGAAGUAGAAAAAGCAGUCCUCCUCUACAACAUAGCCCUAGUGCACUUCCAAACGAAGAACUUUGACAAAGCAGUGGUGAUCCUAGAGAAGCUGUUCAAGUUAAUAGAGCCACUGGAGGAGGGUCUAGUAUACAAGAUCUGCUUCUUGUUGGUGGAGUGUUAUCUAUCUACAUAUCAGACCGAGGGAGCUGCUAUUGUCGUGUACUAUCUUGACAAACAGAUGGCCACCAAAACCGCUGAUGGUGAUAUGCACAAAGCUCGAAUGCACCAGUACAAGACAAGGUUAUUUGCCCAACAGAAGUGUCUUAAGGCGUGCAAAAGAGAAAUUAAGAACGUUCUCAGUGUUUCUGGAACGACGGCAUCGUCUCUGUUUUUGAAGUCUGAGUUCGAGUACCUGAGGAAUAACUUCAAGAAGAGUUGCAAGCUGCUGAACUCGGCUCCCAAAUCGUGUCCCAGCAAAGAACACAUACCCACACUCUACUACAACAACUUUGGGUGUAUGCAUUUCAAGAUGAAGAAGUACAAUUUGGGAGUUCUGUAUCUCAGUCAAGCAUUGGAGGCAAACACUAAAGCAGUAAAAGCCGCCCCUCAAGGUUGUAACAGUACGAUGUAUAGCAUCAAUCAUCACUAUCAAAUACUCUACAACUACGGGAUCGUGCUUCUUCACGCAGGACAACCGAAAGCUGCAUUCAACUGUCUAUCUCAAGCCGCAACUGUUUACUCUCGGAAUCCAAGACUUUGGCUACGGAUAGCUGAGUGUGCUAUUGGCGUGGUAAAGCAAUCUCAAGAAAACGAACAAAUUCAAAACUGUAAGAGUAGCACAGUCAAAGCAAUUGUGGGAAGUGGAAUUUACAGAAAAACCAUUCUCAAUACUAACUUCCAAAAUCAUCCCAAGAAAUGCAGCGCAGGACUGUUGAGCGAGGAACCUACACCCUCCCUCACCUACGCUGCACUUUGUCUCAACAAUGCCCUGGAGCUCCUUCCGCCUUCUAACAGCGGAGGCCCGGUGAAUGUGAGUGCGCUCCCAGCUGCCCCUUUAAAGGACGUUUCGAAGCUGCGAGCCUCCAUUCUCUGUAACCUUGCAUAUGUUUGGUUAGGACUGGGAGACCCUCUACAGGCCCUGAAACCAGCCCAGGAAUUGUUCAGUCUUACAGCUGCUCCUGUUAAUUUGAGGUUGUUGGGAAGUGUGUACGCUGCAGAAGCGCUCAUUUUACUGAAUCGUAGUAACGAGGCAACAAACUGUUUAGCACCAGAGUUUGUUGGGGCUAUCAUCAACUCCGCCAAUUGUCAAACUAAGACCAAUGAAGAUGACGCAAGUAGCACAGGUAGUAGUCCUAUACCGGGCAAGGUGCCAGCAACUCAAGAAACCUUGGUCCAAGACGUCCACAACAUAAUCAUUCUGAACAGCGUAGCGUUGUACUGUAUGAAGCGAGAUCUUAACCGAGCGAAACGGAUCCUGGCGCAGCAUCUCUCCACCCUGAAUGAUGGCGAGAUUCCCGCCCAAGCGACCAUGUUACUUGUUUACAUCGAGCUCCGACAGGGGAAUACGGAAGCGGCUCUGAGUAUCCUAAAACAGCAACAAAUCAAUCUCCAACUCCCCGCCCUGACCACUUAGAAGAUUUGACCUUAUUAUUCCGCCUGAGCUUGGUGAUGAUAGACACGAGGGACAGUUUUUCGCAGCGCCACUUGUACUGUUACCUUGCCAGUACGGACUUUAAUUCUCGAUAUUUGGGUUUCUAUCAUGAUCUGAUUUUAACUAAAGUUAUAUUUUUGAAUUAUUUUUUAAAUCCUCUAAAGCCAAACUUUCUAAAACUGAUUGUUUACAUUUGACGCAAGAACUGAAUCAGAAUACACAAAAAUUUGCUUUUGUACAUUAACUUUAAAUACAUUUUAAGUUUACAAAGCCAUUAACUAGCCCGUAAACCUCGCUAAAUAAGUCAGCAAUUUGUCAUCGGAUGUGCAUGUUCCGUUUUGUAGAAUAAUUGUAGCGUCACCUAGCCAGCCAGAUGAUUUUACAUUUUCAUUCUUAAUACCGUUAACGUUUAGAAAACAUUGUUAGAUAAUGUUGUUGAAGAGUGUUGUUAAAGAAGAUUUGACAAAGUUGUUCAGGUAGUAUCACAUUGUUCAAGUAGCUUCUUGUUUUUCAGUAGCCAUCUGUACGGCUGUAUCCACAAGAUAAACGCUGGGUAUAACCCCAGCCUUGGUUCUGAUG